AUGGCGACGCAGUCCUACUAUGAGCUCUACCGUGGGAGCAGUCUCGGCCUGUCUCUGACCGACACGCUGGACGACCUCAUCAACGAAGGCCGCAUCGAGCCCCAGCUCGCCAUGAAGAUCCUCUCCACUUUUGACCGGGUUGUCACCGAGGUGCUGGCGGAGAAAGUCCGCGCUCGGCUUACCUUCAAGGGCCACCUUGACACAUACCGAUUCUGCGACGACGUCUGGACGUUCCUCAUCAAGGAUGUGACCUUCAAGCUGGAUAAUCAGCAAGCCGUACAGGCAGAUAAGGUGAAGAUUGUGAGCUGCAACAGCAAGCGGCCUGGAGAGGUAUGA